CCGGACUUAGUGCAGUCCUCCUGCCUCAGAAAUGCUGGGAUUGCAGUAAUGAGCCAGCAAGCAGAGCCCUCUCUGCAUUGGCAUCUCUUCAGGAAAUGUGCUGCCAGUCGGUGGCAACUCUAGCUGUGCUCUCCUACAGUGCCUGAUUUGCUUCCUGUGUGUCACUCCCUAGUCUGUCUGUACUGUGCAAGCCCUCCUGCCAUGGGCUGCCGAGAUGUCCACGCCGCCACAGUCCUCUCCUUCCUGUGUGGUAUUGCCUCUGUAGCAGGCCUCUUUGCGGGGACCCUGCUUCCCAACUGGAGGAAAUUGCGACUGAUCACAUUCAACAGAAACGAGAAGAACCUGACUAUUUACACAGGCCUGUGGGUGAAGUGCGCCCGGUAUGAUGGAAGCAGUGACUGCCUGAUGUACGACCGUACUUGGUACCUGUCAGUUGACCAGCUGGACCUUCGUGUCCUCCAGUUCGCCCUGCCCCUCAGCAUCCUGAUCGCAAUGGGUGCCUUGCUGCUCUGCCUGAUUGGAAUGUGUAACACAGCCUUCAAGUCCUCGGUGCCUAACAUCAAACUGGCCAAGUGUUUGGUCAAUAGUGCAGGCUGCCACCUGGUGGCUGGACUCCUGUUUUUCCUGGCAGGAACUGUGAGCCUCUCUCCAUCUAUUUGGGCCAUCUUCUAUAACAGUCAUCUCAACAAGAAGUUUGAGCCAGUCUUUGCCUUUGACUAUGCAGUGUUUGUCACUAUUGCUAGCUCAGGGGGUCUGUUUAUGACUGCUCUUCUCCUGUUUAUUUGGUAUUGUGCAUGCAAGUCUCUGAAUUCUCCUUUCUGGCAACCACUGUACUCCCAUCCUCCCAGUAUGCACGCUUACUCACAGCCCUAUUCUUCACGCUCCCGCCUCUCUGCCAUUGAAAUCGACAUUCCAGUAGUCUCACAUAGCACUUAACGGAGGUAUAAUUACUUGUUAAAAAUAUGUCUCGUAUCCUCACAGUCCUCUGCAUAAAGAGCCUUUUUGGACCUGUGUACAUUUUUCCAUUGUUCCUGACUAGUCAGUGGAGCCAAAUUUGUAUAUCUUGGUAGAAUGAAAUGCUGCUAGAUUUUAUGAGGUAUAUAUUACGUUCUUCUAAAUGUGAAACAUUCCUUUUAUUGUGCUUCUAACACUAGAAGGGUCUUUAGCCUCCAAGUUGACGUCUGAUCAUGACUAAAGUGAAAGGACCCACGGCAACAGUUGAGGCGAUGAAAACAGUGUAUCAAUGAACAGUGCUGUUGUGUCUGGUCCUUACCAAUACUCAGACUGUGCAUCAUCUCUGACUUAAACUGAGAAGGGCAGUUUCAAAUAUAAGAAAAUUUGGUCAGAUGAGGAUAAAGGUUUGUCUUCAGAACUCCACCAGCUUGAGGGUAUACUUUUGUUCUCUCUUGGGACUAACUGGAUAGUAUCAGUCUGCUGAAGAUUACUAUCUUCUACCUCACUUCAGUGAAAAGCAAAAUGCAUUUUAAAUGAUGACAGAGUACGGCUAUCUAAAUACAGUUAACAUUUAACUUCUUUUUUUGGUUUUCACACGGUCUUGGUUGCAUAUCUCUAACUAGCCUAGAACUCACUCUGCAGACCAGGCUGCCCUCAAGCUUUCCACCAGGCUCCUGUGUGCCUGCCGAACACUGAUUACAUGCAUGCCCAACUACAUCUAGCCCACCACAAUUUUUUGUUACUGAUUAUAUUGGUGGAGUUAAAAUGUGCCAAGUGACAGUUUGUGGCUUCAUCUGAAACAAGAAAUGCUUUGCAGACGCCCAUCAGUCCGGCAGUGCUCCUGCCCUGUACAAGCUCUUGGUGGCUAAGGCAAAUGAAUACAAGGUGGUUGAAGCCAGGUGCUUGUGUUUUAGACACACAUGGUGGGGCACAGGAGUCUGUUCUUGAGUGACAGCACAGAGGGUUCAUUUGGUGGCUGUUAUCUGAGGAGUGAAUGAUGUAAAGGAU